AUGUUAUCAUUAUUAUCAUCAAAAACUAACGAUCACGAUUCAACUACGAUUGAUUUAUUGUAUCAUCUAUGUAAAGAAAAUGAAAUAGAAAAAGUUCGAAAUACUUUACAAUUUAUUGACAAUAGAAGUAUCAUAAAUAAAAUUCACCCAUCAACCGGUUCGACAUGUUUGCAUGUUGCAUGUUAUUAUGGACAUCGAGAAAUAGUACAGAUUUUGUUAGAAUAUGGAGCUUUACGUUCAACAAUCAACUUACGAUAUAAUUUAACAGCUUAUGAAGAAGUUGAUACAGAUGAUAUAAAACAAUUAUUUUUACAACAAAAACAAUUAUUUUCAAAUAAUGAUUAUGAUUAUAUUGAGUGGUCAAUCAUAGGUGAUGCUCUGCUUGAUAAACGACGUGAAUUUCGUCAAACUAUUGAUUUAUAUAAAACCUAUGACAAUCAUCAUUUAAUAUCAAAAUUAUUAGUUGAAGUUAUUCAGUAUUAUUUAGAUGAAUAUCUGACAAAUCAAAGUCAUAAAAAUGGGAAUUUAGAACAUCAAACUAUUCGUAAAGAAAUUGAAAUAAUUCAAGAAUGUUUUAAAGAAGCCAUAGAAAAACAAGAUUAUUUAACAUAUUUUAUAAAAGCGUAUACAUUAACAACAUGUUUUUUUAAAGAAUUAAAUAAACAUUUAGCUCUUUAUAUAUUAGAAUAUUUCGACAAAACAAAAUAUUUUUCAUCAAAUUAUCGUCUUGUCAAUUGUCUUAGUCAUAUUAUAACACUUUUAAUUUAUCAUCCAAAAUUACCUCAAUAUCGAUUCCAAGGUGUAUGUUAUCGUGGCAUGAGAAUAACACAACAUGAUUUAAAUCAAUAUCAAUUAAAUCAACAUAUAUUAAAUCGUUCAUUUUUAUCAACUUCUAUUGAUCGUCACGUAGCUGAAAUGUUUGCUGGUGAAGGUCAACAAUCUCAUUUGAGACAUUCUCAUCAUAGUCAUCGUCCUUUACAAUAUUCAUGUUUAUGUAAAUAUUUAAUUAAACAAAAUUCAACAGCUAUUAAUAUUGAAAGUUUAUCGAUGAGACCACAUGAAAAAGAAAUUUUAAUUAUUCCAUUUAGUGUUUUUAAAGUAAUGAAUAUUAAACGAAAUUAUCCUAUCUCAACAAACACAAUUUCAAUUGAAAUUGAAUUAGAAGAAUGUGAAGAUGCAAAUAAUAAUACUAAUGAAUUAAAAAAUGUUGAAAUAUCGAGAAUCGAACCAUUUUUAUCGUCUUAUGAUGAUAUAAGAAGCCACAGAGAAUAUCGAAAACUUCAACUUCGCAAAUAUCUUCUUUAUGGCAUCAAUGGAUUUUUACCGUUAGCUUUCGUUUUGGCUUUAAGUUUCACAUUCAUUGUGACUUCUGUUAUUCAAAAAAAUAACUCUACAAGAAUGGUGAUAUCUACAAAAGAAAACGAUACUGAUGCCGACUAUCCAUUACCACCGGGUUGUCCCAAUAUAUUAAGCCGAUCUAGAUGGAAUGCACGUCCAUAUAUAGCUCGUGACAAUUUAUCAGUAUUCCCGGUUAGAUAUAUUGUAAUGAGACCAAUAGAAUAUCCGAACUCAAUUAUGAAUCAACAAGACUGUAUUAAACAAAUAAAACAAUUUCAAGAUUAUCAAAUGGAUAGAUUAGGCUGGUUUGAUAUUGGCUAUAAUUUUAUCAUAUGUAAUGAUGAUCGUGACCAACAACAAAUUUAUAGCGGUAGAGGAUGGAAAUAUAUUGGUGCACAUUGUAAAGGUUACAAUUUCAAAUCAUUGGACCUUAGUUUCAAUGCAAGAUGGAUACAGGAUGGAAUCACUGUAGCUGGAGACAAUGGACAAGGCAACUCAUUAAAUCAAUUGUAUUGUCCAUUUAGUAUGUUUCUUGACAAUGAUCAAACUGUCUAUAUUGCAGACUAUUAUAAUCAUCGUAUUGUGGAAUGGAAAUGUGGCACAACAUAUUGUCUAAUAGUUGCUGGUGGAAAUGGAGAAGGAAAUCGAUUUGAUCAAUUGAAUAGGCCAACAGAUGUGAUUGUCUUAUCAUCUGUGAUCGCAGAAAUCGACCACUAG